UAAAAGUUAAACUUUACGAAAACACCAAACAGGUUUUUCCAUUUCAGAUGUAAUUUCGCUUGCAUUCGCUUGCAACUCGUGAUCGUCUGCUUUGUUGUUUCGUUCGCAAUUAAAACAAUCGACGAUCAACAGUGCGAUGACAAAUACGUCGACAUAAUGCGCGUGCAUUUCGCGUUCGUCUUACUUCUCUGCCUCGAUCGCUGCAAGAGAUGUCAAAAUGUCAUUCUAGACACGCCUUGUCCUUCCGUGCUCAAGUACCUACCGCUGGAGGCGGUCGACGAGGGGGCGUGGCAAGCGGAAAUUCAUCUAUCCACCGAAGAUGACUUGCAGGGUGUAUGGCUACACGUCGUGCUCGACAAAAAAGCAAACACAUUACUUAACUGGUUUGGUGAAUCUACAACACUGGACAAUCAAGAAUACGCAAUUCGUAAGCCCGAGUAUAAAUUAUCAGCUGGGCCGAGUAUAGUUGUCAAAAUUAAGGUUACCUACAACGCUGCAGAAGCGCCACCUAUCGUCAAACAUUUGAGGUUAAACGGACGCACGAUUUGUGCGCUGGAUAAAAAACUACGCAGUACGGAAUCACCACCGUUUGUCAGCUUAAACAAAAAAGAAUUAAAAGUUACGGAACAAGAAGAUAUCGAUGAUGGAUUAUUACCUGCUAAAGAAUCUGCUAAAAAACCUGCUAAAGAAGAAGUCAUCACUUCAAGGUCAACCACAGUGACACAUACAAAAUCAUCGACAAGAACCGAACUGUCAUCGGAAACAUCCGAAGGUGAAGCUGAAGCCGAAGAAUUCUUCACUGGUGAUUUAGCACAUAUUUUAGCUUCUUCUACGAAUGUCGGACGUAAAAAGAAUCUUGCAAGAACAUUUCAUGGACCUAGACUACGACCAGGUGAUGAUAUACAUUGUGGGGUCCCUGUCAAGCGUGUGGUACCCCUGAUUACAAAUGGCCGCCCGUCGAUUGAAGGCGCAUGGCCAUGGCACGUCGCUAUUUAUACUUUGAGUGUUUUACAGUUGAAAUACACAUGUGGUGGAUCAUUACUAACAAAAACACAUGUAAUAACAGCUGCGCAUUGUGUUGCAACACCUCGGACAUCACAACCGGCGGAUUCAGGGAGGUUUCUUAUCCAUUUGGGCAGGACUCAAUUGACACAUUUUAAUGUUGGACUGCAACAACGACAAGUGGAUCAUAUUGUGAUACAUCCUGGGUAUAAUCACACGAACUAUCGGAAUGACCUUGCUGUGUUGACAUUGGCGGAUCCAGCGGAUUAUACGGAUUAUGUACGGCCGAUUUGUUUGACGACGGAUUCGUAUUCAACUAACCUCACUAAUCAGCUAGGUACAGUUGUUGGAUGGGGUUUUGAUCAACAUAACAACAUAACUGAGUUGUUGCAUGAGACUGAAAUGCCCGUUGUUGAUCUAUUGACAUGCGUGUAUUCCGAACCGGAAGUUUACAGUAAACUCACAUCGACGAAUAAUUUCUGCGCAGGCUUCAAGAAUGGCACAUCUGUGUGUAAUGGCGAUUCGGGUGGGGGGAUGUUUUUCGAACGUGAAGUUGAUAGCGGUUUACGAUGGGAAUUGAGGGGAAUGGUGUCGUUUUCGGUGGCGUCACGCAAUGAUUUGUGUAAUCCGAACGCAUACGCUGUGUUUACAGAUGUUUUAAAGUAUAGGCCGUGGAUUAAGCAACAGAUUAAGACGAGGAGGAGUAGAAGUGUUAGGAAAACACUUGGAGAUUAUAUAGAUAUACAUAAUUAUAGUUAUUUAUGUAUUGAAUUGCAACAAUUCCAAGUGUGUAUCGCGAUAUUAAAUGAAGUAAGCGUAGAAAUUAACCUUACUUUUGUUAGUAACGCAGUUGAAACUGUUUUCGAGGGUUGUGAUUGGUCAGGAGGUACUGUUGCCAUGCGCGGCCAUUUUGUAAGUGAAUUUGACUUCAAUGUGAAGUAUAAUGGUGCUAAUCCGACGCCAGAAGUGAAAAGAAUGUAUGUUAAUGGAUUAUUAAUAUGUGCGCAAAGUAUUAGUAUUGAUAAUCGUUCCAUGAAGAGAGAACCAGUGCUUGGUGAAGUUUUGUCAUCGUUUAAACAUAAAUUUAUGAGUGAUUUUGACGUGACUAGUGCGGAAAUAACAAAUUCUGAUAUUUUCUCCGGUUUUAAGAUAAAAAUUAUGAGAAUGUUGACAAAAACGAAUAAAAUGCUUGUUUUAUUGGUUGGAUUUGUGAUGUUUUGGUGUAAUUUGAGUGAGGCGCAACAAUUGUGGGUGUCGCCAUGUCCGAGAUUGUUUUCGUAUGAACCGCAGAAGGAAAACGAUCGAUGGUAUGGUGUGAUAACACUUACAAGUGAUACUGAUCUAAAGGGAGUAUGGCUGCGAGUUGCUUUUGAUCGAACAUCAUUGGAAUUGGGUAACUGGUUUGGUGAUAUACGCACCUCCGACAACGUAGAAUACCUCAUCCACAACCGCAACCACGAAUUGACCGCCAACAUGCCAUACGCACUGCGUUUCUACAUCAAAUACGACCCGAACAGCCCACCACCGCAACUCACAAGCAUCCGCCUAAACGCACGCCCCGUCUGCCCGGAAGGCCAAACAACCACACCGGCCGCCAUCACAGGAGGCAACCAGUUAAUCACAAGCGCUCCAGUCACCAACCUACAAGAAUCACCCAACAAACAACUAGAAACUAUUCAACCCAUUCAAACUAUUCAAACUAUUCAAAACAAACAAGACACCAUAGCCACAAGUGACGAUGUACAAUGUGGGGUCCCUGUCAAACGGGUGGUACCCCUGAUUUCCCAUGGAUCAUCAGCCAUUGAAGGCGCAUGGCCAUGGCACGUCGCCAUCUACACUCUCAUCAUGCUCGAACUGAAAUACAUCUGCGGCGGCUCCUUACUAACAAAAACACACAUAUUAACAGCUGCGCAUUGUGUAGCAAGACAACGCACAUCACAACCAGCAGACCCCGCACGGUUUCUCAUCCACCUAGGCCAGACACAACUCAAUCACUUCAACAAAGGUCUCCAACAACGCCAAAUCACAAACAUAAUUCUUCAUCCACUAUAUCAAGACACAACCAAUCGCAAUGACCUCGCAAUCAUCACACUAUCACAACCAGUCGAAUACACAGAAUACGUCCGUCCAAUAUGUCUAACCACAGAUACAUAUGCAACCAACCUUACACAUCAACUAGGCACCGUUGUAGGCUGGGGUUAUGACCACAACUUCCUCAUUUCUGAAACAUUACAAGAAACAGAAAUGCCCGUUGUUGAUCUAUUGACAUGCGUGUAUUCCGAACCGGAAGUUUACGGUAAAUUCACAUCGACGAAUAAUUUCUGCGCAGGGUUUAAAAAUGGCACAUCUGUGUGUAAUGGCGAUUCGGGUGGGGGGAUGUUUUUCGAACGUGAAGUCGAUAGCAGUUUACGAUGGGAAUUGAGGGGAAUGGUGUCGUUUUCAGUCGCGUCACGCCAUGAUGUAUGCAAUCCGAAUGCAUACGCUGUGUUUACAGAUGUUUUAAAGUAUAAACCAUGGAUUGAACAGCAAAUACAAUAAGAAGUGUUGAGGAAACACACGCAGUCGUUAUUUACAGCUAAAAAUAGAAAGAAAAUUGUGUUAUAAGCGGUAAAACAAUGUUUUUACUCCAAUUGACCUUGGAAUACUCAUUUUACUUUGUAAUUAAUUACUGAUUGAGUAGAUUGGUAUUAGGUAUUGAAUUGCAACAAUUCCAAGUGUGUACUUGCAACAUUAAACAAUGUUAGCGCUGAAAUUAACCUUACUUUUGUUAGUAACAGAAGUGAAACUAAUUUCGAGGGUUGUGAUUGGUCAGGAGGUGAUAUCACCAUGUCCGGCCAUUUUGCAUGUGAAUCCAACCUCGAUUGACGUUGGUUCCUGGGGUGGAACACUAAAACUCGCCCUGGAUGAAGAUAAUCAAGGAUUAUUCCUGCAAAUCGAGAUGGAUUCGCAAAUAAACUUGAUUACUAAUAAUUUCGGAUUGAUUACAACGAAAGAUAAUCAGUUGUACAUGUUGGAAGACUUUUUUUAUGUAAAUGAUAAGGAGAUAACUGAGAUUGAGUUUAAUGUGAAGUAUAAUGGUGCUAAUCCGACGCCAGAAGUGAAAAGAAUUUAUGUUAAUGGCUUGUUAAUAUGUCCGCAAAGUAUGAGUAUUGAUAAUCGUUCCACGGAGAGAAAACCAGCGCUUGGGAAGUUUUGGUCGCAGUUUAAAGAUAAAUUCACGAAUAAUUCAGAUGUAACUAGUGAGGAAACAACGAGUAAAAGUGAUGAGACUACUACAAGUGAGCUUCCACAGCCUAAGAUAUUUUUCUUUGAUAUAGAAGAGUAAACUCAUGCAGGAAACUUACAUAACCUUAAAGAUUAGAGAUAUAAUGUACAAAAACGUAAAAAUCAUUAGAUUUUAAUGCUUUUUUACUAUAAUUGUACUAUUUUCUAAUCUGUUGUAAUGUUUUUCGAUGUUUAGUGACUUAAAACGAAGCAACCUUUAAGUAUUUUCCUCAUUAAGAUUCUUCGUCCUUCAGGAGUAGACAUUCGCUUCUUAUAACCAUGUCGUUUGAUGCGUUUACGUUCGGAUGGACGUGGAAAGUGACACCGUAUCACUGUGCGAAUACUCUGACCAAAAAAUGCGAAUGAUUUAACUGUUUCAGUUAAACUUUGAGUUAUAUUCAUCACUGGAACAACUGAUGUCGAAGGUGCACACAUUGCCAUUGAUCCAGAGCUGUAAAUAAGUAAAAAUGCACAUAAAUGUAUAAAUAUUAGUAGAAAUAAUAACAAACCGUAAGAAACCAGGUACUAAA